GCCUGCGAGUCGUGCUCUCCUCCUCCACAUCGACAUUCACGUACCCAAGCACCUUCCCGCUCGCUCGCGCGGACAUCCACCCGUCAUCUGGUCACCCACCCUGCCAUUGACUGACCCGCGUUUUCGACCUAUCCUGCGCUGCUUGGGCCCUCGCCGGCACGACCCUCUGACGUGGCAGAGCUCUGCUGCUCAACCUCGACUUCCACCGGACGUUCCGCCCGCGCGUGGAUGAGCCCGCACGGACGUCUUCGUCGACCGCCUCCUCAGCCUAUGUUACACCUUAUAACCCUGACAUACCAUGACGACGGACGACUGGCGCGCGUGGCCACGGGUUUGGAUCGAGCGAGAACAGAGAGUGGGGACGGGAUAACGCAAACAGGACGUCGAGAGGAUGCACGAGAUAAAUUGCAGCCGCACCCCUCACACGUUCGUGCUGUCAAUGCGCCCCGGCUGGACAGUCCGCCGCGCAGAUUUCGCCGUCGUGCUGGCUGGGGCACGAGUGCAAGACCACCGGGUAAGUGCGCUCUUCACCUCGACGGGAAGUGUGUUCGCUUCAUCGGUAUCGAACAUUAUCGCGGCAUUGUCGUCAGUCGGUCUGAAUGGCGCGCCAACGGGCGCACAGAAGUCACGGAAUCGCAUACUCUUGUGAUCCUUGCGAAGAUCGUGAACGAUCCUGCUCACGCUCCAUCAGCGGUCGGGAUCCCCGUCGAGAACUCCGCAGAUGAGACCAUGCUGAUCAACGUGCUGGAGGAGGCGGUCCACCGCAAGGUCGAGGAGCUCAAUUGGAAGAAGGUCCUCUUGCACGGUGUUGGCGGCUGGGCCGGGAGGUAUUCCACGCCCGGCAAGAAGUUCGACGGGGGCUUCUUCCUCCUCCGCCUCGUCACCUCCGUGUUGUUCUUACAUUCCUACGUCCCGAACCUCUCCCCCACUUCCAUCUCGAUUCUCCUGCGCGCGUACUUCAGCACCUCCCUCGCACUGUACAUCGCGCGCGGCCGCCCCGCCCUCCGCAUCCGCAACUUCUACGCAUCUGCUGCCAACCCACCCGCACGUGCCCGGCCCCGCGCCCACACCACACAAAGACGCGCUCUCCGCGGAGCCGACGACGAGCGCAUGGUUCCAGAUCCUGCAGCGCACACUCGCGCACAACGACGACUACCUCGCGAAGCUCCAGCGUUCCCUAGCGCACUUCGCCAGCCUCUACGGCGCGACGCCGGCGGGUCUCGCUGACGCGACCAACGAGGAUCGCGACCCUCGCGUCCGCACUCAACGCGAGGAUGGAGAAGACCUCGGCGACGCGUCGUGAGAGCAACGAGGCCGUCGCAAUUCCGGGUCCCAAGGCAGCGUCCAGAACGU